AUGCGUCUCCUUACCAGCUUCACGCUGCUAGCCAGCAUCGCGGCUUCCGCCAUUGAAGCAGCUCAAAUCCCUUUCUCUCUGCAAUCUUGUUCUUCCGCUCACAAGAUCCUCGACCACCCGCAUCUGCCAGGCCACAGUCUCCGUGUGGUCUCACCCCCCUCUUCCAUCUGCGAUUCUACGGUGAGAUCGUAUUCUGGAUACCUCGAUGUCGAUGUCGACCGCCUUUCUCACCGAUUCGACCCCUCGCUCUCCUCCUCUCCCAUCACCACCCUCAAGCACAAACAGGAGGGCGAGUCCAAGGGAGCGAUCGAGCAUUUCUAUUUCUGGGCAUUUGAAUCUCGCAACGAUCCCAAGAACGACCCCGUGCUACUCUGGCUCAAUGGUGGGCCUGGAUGUUCCUCUUUCACUGGUCUCUUGAUGGAGCUUGGACCGUGCAAUGCAGUCAAUCCCAAAUCGCGCCGAGGUAGACCGGGCACAGAAAGAAACCCUUGGGCAUGGAACAGCAAUGCAACUGUCAUCUUCUUGGACCAACCUGUCGGAGUGGGCUACUCGUACGUUGAUUGGGCGAACAAGUCUCGUAGCGACAAGCCCCCCGCACGUGUGUUGAGUGCUGAAUCUGCUGCGAAAGACGCUUCUGCGUUCUUGCAUCUCCUUGCCAUGCACAUGGGCAAAGAAAUCUUCAAAGGAGACCGACACAGUUUCCCUUCGUUCCACAUUGCCGGUGAGAGCUAUGCUGGACGAUACAUCCCCCUCCUUGCAAACCAAAUCCUUCAAGACAAUAAGAGAAUCUCGCACCACCCCGAACUGUCCCUCGCUCCACUGCCUCUUACAAGUGUCCUGAUCGGAAACGGAAUCACCAGCCCCCAACACCAGUACCCUGCAUACGUCGAAUAUACAUGCACCAACCUCUCCGGUUCCCCGAAGCCGCUACUACCGGAAAAGAAGUGUAAAAAGAUGCGCGAAAGCAUCGCUACCUGCCUCACUCUUGUCGAAAAAUGCAACCGCAAAAACAAAGGCGGUAGAACAUACGACACCCUAGCCUGCAUCGCUGCGGUCAACUAUUGCGAAGGUUCUCUUGCUUCCCCUUACGAUAAGCUUGGAAAGUCGCCGUAUGAUUGGCAACACCCAGGCAGCUAUGUAGAGGAAGAUUGGGUUGCUGCCUUCCUGAACCAUCCCGACACUAAAUCCGCACUGGCAGUGGAUGCAAAGGGUCCGGGUGAUGAGCAUGAUGGAACUUUUGUGGGGUGCUCGGAUAGGGUAUAUGCUCAUUUUGAAAAGACUGGCGAUGGUGCUCGUGAUUCUACCUGGGCUGUUUCCAACAUACUGAAAGAAAAGGUCAGGGUUCUGACCUACUCGGGUAAGAGGGACUUUAUCUGCAAUUACCUCGGUAAUCGUGCUUGGUCAGAAGCACUAGAGUGGGAUGGCAAAGAGAAGUAUAACAAGCAACCCCUAUUGCCGUGGUAUGUAGACACAAAGAAGCAAGUCAAGGGUGGAGAGUAUAAGAAUUGGGGUAACCUAACAUAUCUCAUCCUCGAAGACGCUGGUCAUUUUGUUCCUCAUGAUAAACCCAAGGCUGCGUUGCAGAUGAUGACAACUUGGUUGCAUGCUCAACACCCGGGCAAGUUCUAA